AGUCUUGGCAUCUUUUUUUCCUCUCUCUUCAAAACUAAGAAGUUUCUCUGAACUCCAGCUCGCUCCUGAGCAUUUCAAGGUGUUGAGACUAACUGUGUUGAACUGCCCUCCGCCACCCCUGUGCCACUGGAUACUGUGAAUAAGGACACUGAACCCAAAGAUCCAUAUCCUAUUCCAAGAAAGAUUAUGGCUGAACCAGACUACAUAGACGAUGACAAUCCUGAAUUAAUUAGACCUCAGAAAUUAAUUAAUCCUGUGAAGUCAUCCCGGAAUCAUCAAGAUCUCCACAGAGAGCUGCUUAUGAAUCAGAAAAGGGGUCUUGCGCCUCAGAAUAAGCCGGAGCUACAGAAGGUGAUGGAGAAAAGGAAACGAGAUCAAGUUAUUAAACAACAAAAAGAAGAGGAAGCACAAAAGAAGAAAUCAGACCUGGAAAUCGAGCUACUGAAACGGCAGCAGAAACUGGAGCAGCUGGAACUGGAGCAACAGAAGAUACAGGAAGAGCAGGAAAACACACCUGAAUUUGUCAAAGUCAAGGGCAACUUGAGGAGGACGGUCCAGGAAGCAACAGAAGCACCAGACUCCUAGAGCCAGCACCUGCUAAGACUUCCCGCUUUCCUGCAGAGAGAAGCUUUUGCAAGUUGUCUCAGAUUUGCCCCUCAAGAUGGAAACUAACAGCAUCCAGCUGACACUUCCUGAAGAUGAGAUUUUUUUAAUUCCUGGGACGGGUGGAUUAAAAAGACAGUACCGUUAACAGAUCGACUUGCCAAAUGCAGUCCUGACAUCAAUGGAUAAGGAGUCUGUCUGUCAGUUCAGUGUCAUGGACCAGGCUGAUGUGCUUACUCAGAGAUUUUAACCAGGGAUACUAGAGAAACUCCUUCAGCGUUGCACUGCUUUAUCUCUUGUGAUCCUAGUUUAGUGGAGAUACACAGAUUAUAUUUUGCUUUAAAACAGAACAAAAAUCCUCCCGUGAUACCUUAUGAAGCUUUGCUGUGCAGCUAGAUUUCCUCCAUCUAGACCUACAGCCUGUGUAUAUCCCACAAUAAUUUGUGCUUAGUUGGAAUUUUUAUCAAAUCUGGGAGGAUAUGAGAUGUGUUGGUCACUGCUGCCCAUCCCCUCUAGGAUAGGCAGGUGUGGGCAAGAUGAGAAUGCUUAAAAUUCACCAGCAGUGAAAAGUUAAGCAGCCUUAAAGCCCGUUUCUCCCUGUUUGGCAUGUAGAAUUUGGGCUAUGAAAGAGCAGAAAUCUGAUGAUCCUCUCAGCAGGGAGAAUCCAGAAGCUGAUUUUAUCUGUGUCUCUGAACUUACACCGUUGUGUAGAGGCCUGUGCAGUGCUACCUGUGAAUUUACCUCUCAAUGCAAAAUGACCCAUCUCCUACUUUUUUCCGUGUUUUGAAAUCCUGCUUACUUUGCUGUUGUGGCCUUUCUCCUCCAAGGACACGCUGAUCUUGAGCACAGUGUUAACACAUUGCUUGGUAGUGUUUAAACUCAUUUGCUGGAACUGAAAUCAGGGAUCUGAUCUGGCAUCAGUUCCUGCUCUUCUCUUGCCAGAACUUGUUGCAGUUCCUGCAACAGAGCAGCGUUUAAUCGAGACCAAACCGAUCAUUGGUAUCUACUGAACUGGAAAAUUUUUCCCUCAAGUGAGGCGUAAAGUGAAAUUCAUUUUGUCCCAUCCUUCCAUUAGCCUCAAGGAAGGAGAAGGGAAAUGUGUUACCACUGAGUCUUAAGGUCCAAUUCUGUCACCUUCUGCCUUUCCACAAGUCGCCCCUGUGACUUGCCAUUAAAUAAAAUACUGCUCAGCUCGCAGAGGGAUGGCCGAGUCUCAUCCUUUGUGCUUAUGACUACUAGUUAUCCAGGAAGGUCUGGGAUGAGGAGGAGGGAACAGAUUACUCGUGUAGGAUAACAGAAUUGGAUUCUUACCUGGUAUGAACGGGUACAGAUUUCUUAUCUUCAGAAUCUGGGGAUAGAGCCUCAUCUUCCUUGGUCGGCGCAGUCCUAGCUCUCACUGAAGCUGUGUUCAUCCCUAUCAGCUGAGGAUCUAAUCCUAGUCUUUGCCUUAGGAUGCUAAACAAAAUAAUUUCUACUUUGUAAUUACUUUGGACAUAACUGUUUGAGAACACUUUUUAUUAAUAUCAACAGUGGCGUGUUUGUAUUGUUAAGGUGGUGGGGGAGGGUUUGUUGGCUUGGUUUUUUUUUUUUAGUUCCUUUUGCCUUUCCUGUAAGUAUUAGACAUUUUAAAUACAAUUCCAGCCUAGCACUUGGGACAAAAUGCUCACAAUUAGAAAUGUUUCCUAGAUACAGACUUCAAUUUGUCAAGAUCCAGGCUUUUUUUAUGCGGACAUAAUCAGAUUGAGGGUAAAUUGAAUUGUGAUAAGUGUAUUGCCAUUGAUUUAGACUUGCAGUGUGACUCACGUCUAGAAGAUUAAAUGUGAAGAUGGUCUGCCAGACUCUUCAUAUUAUGGACAUACAAAAGACAAAGGCCAAAUGUAGAGAUUCUUCCAUGUAUUUUUCUCAACAAAGGAACACCCCGAGUGCUGUGGGCUCUUCCUUCUCUCUUUCCCUUCAUCUGGAAGGAGAGGAGCUUCCUGGCAGCACCGUUAUUCAAACACUUGCACUGAUUGUUUCACGUUGUUGAGACAGCACCACGUACGAGCCUUCCACGCCACGCUCAUGUUUUAUCUUAGCUGCUCCCAGCCUCUCAAACUUCAUGCCUCUUGGCUUCCACUCCACAGUUAACCUUCUGCUCAGUAUGGAAAUGUCUAGAAGUUGGUGAGGAAACCCUCCUCUGGCUUGAGCAGACCCUUUCUUCUCAGCCUUUUUCCCUCGGCGAGCAGGGCAAUCCUACCACGCCUACACCGUGAAAGAAAGUUGGUGUCAUCCAAAUGGCACCAGGGGGAUGAGGACCUCUCCUUGGCUUCAGUAGUGUGUUGGAUUGGGCCCUUCAGGGCUGAAGGAUUCUGCUUUCUCUCCGUGUUAGCUUGUGAUUCAGGGUAGAGUUUUUCUGUCUGAAACACAGGAGGCCAGAAAACUCCCUUGUACAUACAGCGUGAAGUUUUUUUGUUUGUUUGUUUUCAGUUGGAAUUAAUUCUCCGUGUGAACAGAACAUCAACGUCUGUCUUAGAACAUCUUUGAAUUCUGCUGACCCUUUAGUCUAGAAAUCCCGGCCACCUUUAUGUCCAUUUGACAGGCAAAAGCUUGUCUUUGAAGUCAGGAUUGGGCUAGAAUGGGCAACCCUUCAAUGGGUGAUCUGCUGGUUACACCACAAGUGUCCUGUGCGGCUGCUCGAGUGAGAAACUGCCUGCCAGCGAGCUGUAAGCAAUCCCUGAUCUGCUCUUUAGCUAUAUGGGUUUUGAAGCAAUCCCGCAAAUAAUUCUGUGAUUUAAAAAUGGCUCACUUACCACUUUGUACUUUUUUAAAAAAACUCUUGCUUUUGAUAGUAUAGUAGUAAAUUUUUUAGCAUUUUUGUGGCUUUAACCUUCUGUUAAUAUCUGCACUUGUUUGAGUGUACAUAUAUAAAUAUAUAUAAAUAUAAAAAAAGGGAGCCUUAAUGGAUUUGUUUUCAUAAUUUAAUAUUUUUUGUAUUUGCUCUUGUAUAAUUGUUUUUAACUAAAGGUAUUACGAGAAUGAGGGUGGAAUACUUAGAACCAAAGUUAUGCUUAAUAAAAUCUACUACAUGCUUGGCGUAC